GAAUGUGAUGUCAGUGAAGGGAGGGUCUAGCUGUGAUAUCACAACUUCCUCAAAGCCAGUCUUCGGAGGUGCUGCGGCCCAUGCUGAGAAGGGAAUAGGCGACCUGCAUGUUGUAACUCUGGAGGCUCAGGUUUCAGAUGCUAGAAAGGUUUGUACGAUGGUAAAUGAAAAACGAGUUGCAAUCCAAAGGAAGUAUUUCUGAACACCAAGGACUGCUUAUUUUUUAAACAAUUUUUGGCUAAUACACUCAUUCCUUUCAGAUGGCAGCUGCUCCUCCACCAGGUGGCGGGGCUCCUAGUUUCUCAGGACUUCCUACAGUGUCUAAUCAGUGGAAUGCCUCUGUUGCUGUUUGGGAAUGGCAAGAUGAGCAUAACAAAUGGAGGCCAUACAACAGUGCAGUGAGCAACUAUAUAGAACAAUAUAUGCUGUCCUAUUCACAGCAAAAAGGUUUUAGAGCCUAUGGAAACAGCAACAGUAUAUCUCUUGGAAAAGCUGAUCCUAAACUGGCAGCAUACAUUAUUGAUAUUCCAACCCUUUCACAGUUUAGGCAAGACACAGGAACCAUGCGAAGCGUGAGGAAAUCACUUUAUCCAUCAGAUUCUGCACCAGCCAAAGGAAUUUCCUGGGAAUGGAUGAAUGAUGAAGCAUGUUGGACAGUUUAUGAAAUGCCAAUUACCAUUUAUUUAGAUGAAAAUUACUGUAAUGGUAGACCAUUGGUGGAUCUUGCAGCAUUUGGACUCCCCUACCAGAUUGACUUAACCUCUUGCAUUCAAACAAAUAAAAUGACCGGUUUUAGAAGGCAAAUUCAGAGAAGAGCGGACAUUCCUUAUCCGUUAACAUCAGCGAUGGGGCCUGUUCAUAAAUCGGCAGCAUGUCUUUGUCAUCAGUGCCUAGCCAACAGUGCAGCAGGUCCUAUAUCUGGACGACACCGACACUCCAUGAUAAACUUGCCCACCUCCUCUGGUAGCCAACUGUCUAGGACUUCAUUUGUGUCAUCCUUUAAUGUUGGUUAUGUACCCUAUCCAAAGCCAUCCAUGGCCAGUUCAAAGUCCACACCAAAACUUAAUAGCACUUGGUUAACAUCUCCAGUCCCUCUGCAAUUUCCAGGACCUUCAUCAUCUAAUGGAACCAGCAUACCGUCUGUCCCAGUAAACAUGCAGAAGCAAAGCUCUACAAAACAAGCCUUAGCAGGCAUGACGGCUAUGCUGAUGUCUGCAGCUGGGUUCCCCGUACGCUUUACUUCUGCACCUCCACCUCCACCUUCCAACCCGCCCGUGAACAGUAAACCUGAUAAAAAUCACAACUCAGUUAGGAGAUUGAGGAAAUCUAAGAAAGGAAUCGCUGCUGAGCCUGAGCAAGUUGUAAAGAAAUAUCUGGAGAAUGUAGAAAAGCCGCCCGAAGAGGACUGCAUAAUUUGUAUGGAAACGUUGAAUGUUGCUUCUGGAUACAGCGAUGCUGUCGAGAGCAAGAACAUCAAGCCAACUGCAGUAGGGAAACUUAAGAAGUGCGGCCAUACAUUUCAUCAGCUAUGUGUGCUAGCCAUGUAUAACAAUGGGAACAAGGAUGGCAGUUUGCAGUGCCCAGCAUGUAAAACAAUUUAUGGAGAGAAGACUGGAACACAGCCAAAGGGAAAUAUGGAAUUCUCCUUAAUUAACCAGUCUCUGCCUGGCCACCAGGAUUGUGGCACUAUCCAUAUUGUGUACACCAUAUAUCCAGGAACACAGGGGCCCGGGCACCCAAAUCCCGGUAAGCCAUACUCAGCCAGAGGCUUUCCACGCCACUGCUACCUUCCAGACAAUGACAAAGGCAGAUUGGUACUCGAGCUGCUGAAGCUUGCCUGGGCCAGGCGUCUGAUUUUUACCAUUGGUGUCUCCAGCACAACAGGGGAAUCUGAUACAGUAGUGUGGAAUGAAAUCCACCACAAGACUGAAAUGAUCUCUAACAUGAGCGGACAUGGCUACCCGGACCCCAAUUAUCUGGACAAUGUCAUCGCAGAGCUUGCUGCUCAAGGAGUCACCGAAGAUUGCCUGAAAAUGUGACCGUUUUAUUCCGCUGGCUGCCUUUUGCUGUCUUUUAGGGGAGCAUUCAGUUAAAUGAGGCCUUAAAGUUUGAUUAGAGUUUUCCUUUUUCAGUAGAGCAAUAUGUCUUGAAGAGGUUUACAAAUCCGCUGGGGAAGUCUGCCUUGUUUUGUACAUGACUGACAUGCUGGUUCAUAUCACCAUCCCUGCAGGACGGGGUUUAGUCAGUAUGGACUCUCCAUCUUGUUCAUCUUUGUACACACACAGGAGAGUGAAAGGAUUUUCAGUGCCGAGUUUCAUGGCAGUCUUUGUUUCCAUUUCACAAUCAGAUUAUUCUCCAAUAUUUUAAGUAAGCUGAUAAUGGCCCCAAUGAAGCGAAGCGUAUAUUCUUUAGUAACAACAUACUGACGAUGAUGGAAUUGUUAAAAACCCCAACCCUAUUUUUUACCCAAUCGAGACCUUCUCUUUCAUUUUUUCAAUUCACUCUGUAGGCUGGUACUUUUACGUUUCAGGAUGUUGUCAUUCAUUUGCCUUUUCUCGGUACGUUUUUUCGAGGCAUCGGGAGACCUAAAACCUAACUAGUCUCAUUUAUAUACACUUACUUGGGCCAAUCGAGCAGACCAAUGCUAUUCCUUGUUUGAGCUGAGCACUUGCAUGGUUUCAAAGUUGGCCCAUGUUUUGCUGCUGGAUGGUGCAGAACAGAUCUACAAGGCAGUCACUCUACCUAGUUAUACCAAGAAGCUUUUACUAUGGCUCCUACCCCACUGAAACCAAAUAUGCAGGGUUUGUGCACCGAAAAGAGUUGGUUCAAAUUUAAGUUGACUUUUAGUAUGUUAGAAUUUCAUUAUCCUAGAGACCUUGCAAUUGGUCUUUGU